CUGCUCUGUCCGCGGCGAGCUACUCUUUUAAAACACCACUGUUGCAGAAACUUCUCCUUCUUACUGGAAGCCGCCGAGAAAACCCUCAUCACCGUGCAUCAUGAGCGAGAGACAAGGAUCUGGAGCAGCUGCUGGCAACAACAAGACGUCUGGAGAACAAGAUGCCUCCAAGACGGACGUCCCAGAGGACUUUGACAUCGACAUGGAGAACCCGGAGACCGAGAAGGCGGCCGUCGCCAUCCAGUCCCAGUUCAGGAAGUUCCAGAAGAAGAAGCGCGUCGACAAGUCCUAGUGAGCGCCUCUCUGCCGCCGCGUGGAGGUCGAGGACGGUGUGAUAUUUGCAUGUUAACAAAUUCAUACCUGUUGGAACUCCAGGGGUUGUGAUUGGGAUGGGAGGGGGAGAAUGCAAUAGCCUGUUUAUCAUAUGACAUGUCUGUGAAUUUAUCAUUAUCCUAUUAUUAUUAAUUUAUUAUUCAACUGCUGUAUCAAUAACUAGAAAAUAGAGAGAAUAUUUCUGUCCUGUUCCAUGUAUCAUGAAGUCUAGCUGGUGUUUGUGUUAGAAUAUGUUUUUGUACUUACCCCCGGCUCAUUGGUUAACAUACCUUUGCUUACCCAGAAACACCUGUGUGUGUGAGAAGAUGGAGCAAAAGCUGGUGUUAAGAUGACGGUUGUUUUUGUGGUGCUUCCCACCCUGAGCAGAAUAUUUCACCCAGAGGCAUUUUUCGUACCCGCAUGGUUCUAUCAAGGUGUGUGUCAAUGUACAUUCAAUAAAUAAAGACUCUGUGUGGA